AAGCUAAAGACACUCAUCACGUCUGUAAUCGCAACACUAGAUUGUUGUCUUGGUUUCCCUGCCUCGAUUCCUUACUGAUGAGGGACUUUAGGCCCGACUGACACGGGGAGAUGGGGGUACUCAAUAUUUCAGACCAGCCGCCUCUGGUCCAGGCCAUUUUAAACCGGAAUGCAGAUGAAGUGAAGUUAUUUUUGCACAAGAAAGACGAAGUCAAUGCACUGGACCAGGAGCGCCGCACACCUCUUCAUGCUGCUGCGUGGCUGGGGGAUGUUCAAAUAAUGGACCUUCUCAUCAAUGCAGGUGCGAAUGUCAAUGCAAAGGACCACGUGUGGCUGACACCGUUGCACAGAGCAGCUGCUUCCAGAAACGAGAGGGCUGUGGGGCUGCUGCUGAGGAAGGGAGCUGACGUGACCGCACGGGACAAGUUCUGGCAGACGCCACUGCACAUUGCGGCAGCCAACCGGGCCACGCGUUGCAUCGAGGCCCUUCUGCCCCAUGUGACCAGCCUGAACAUGGCUGACCGCACGGGCAGAGCACCCCUGCAUCACGCCGCUCAGAGCGGAUACCAGGAGAUGGUUAAAUUGCUGCUGAACAAGGGAGCCAAUCUCAGUGCCAGCGACAAGAAGGACAGGCAGCCUAUUCACUGGGCCGCUUACCUUGGACAUAUGGAGGUGGUUAAGCUGCUGGUGUCUCAGGGCUCUGAUAAGAGCUGUAAGGAUAAACGGGGAUACACCCCUCUCCACGCUGCUGCUGCCAGUGGCCAUGUCGAUGUGGUCAAGUAUCUGUUACGCAAUGGAGCCGAGAUUGAUGAGCCUAAUGCCUUUGGAAACACUGCUCUCCAUGUGGCCUGCUACACGGGACAGGAGGCCGUAGCCAAUGAGCUGGUCAAUCGCGGGGCCAAUGUCAACCAGCCCAAUCACCGCGGCUACACGCCCCUGCAUCUGGCUGCUGUGUCCACUAACGGGGCUCUCUGCCUUGAGCUGCUGGUCAACAACGGUGCUGAUGUCAACAUGCAGAGCAAAGAAGGGAAAAGCCCUUUGCACAUGGCAGCCAUUCAUGGGCGAUUCACUCGCUCUCAGAUUCUCAUUCAAAAUGGUGGAGAGAUAGAUUGUGUGGACAGAUAUGGCAAUACACCUCUCCAUGUUGCUGCUAAGUACGGCCACGAGCUGCUUAUCAGCACCUUGAUGACAAACGGUGCUGACACAGCCAGACAAGGAAUUCAUGGAAUGUUCCCUCUACACUUAGCUGUGCUCUAUGGGUCCUCUGACUGUUGUCGUAAGCUACUUUCCUCAGGUCAGCUCUACAGCAUUGUGUUGUCAAUGAGCAAAGAGCACGUGCUCUCGGCCGGAUUUGACAUCAACACCCCAGACAACUUUGGGAGGACCUGUCUACACGCUGCUGCCUCUGGAGGAAAUAUUGAAUGUCUAAACCUGCUCUUAAGCAGUGGAGCUGACAUGAAUAAGAAGGACAAGUUUGGAAGGACUCCUUUGCACUAUGCGGCUGCUAACGGGAGGUAUCAGUGUGUGGUCGUGCUGGUGGGAGCGGGGGCAGAGGUCAACGAGCGUGAUCGCUCUGGCUGUACACCUCUACACUACUCGGCAGCAUCUACUGCGUUCUGCAGAACGGACCGACCCCACGCCAGCACUCAUCAGAACCAAGAGGACGGGGAGAAGGAAUCGUUCCUGUGUGUGGAGCAUUUGUUGGAUAAUGGUGCCGAUCCAUCUCUGUGCAACACUAAAGGAUACAGUGCUGUGCAUUACGCCGCUGCCCACGGCAACAAACAAAACCUGGAGCUGCUUUUGGAGAUGUGCUUCAAUACGCUGGGAGACAAGGACAAUAACGAGCUCGUCAGCCCACUACACUUGGCGGCGGAAUCUGGUCACUGGGAAUGUGUUGCCGUGCUACUUGAGUCUGGAGCAUGUGUAGAUUCGUGUGACCCAGUGGGGCGCUCUGUGCUGUUCAUCGCCUCUCAAAGAGGACAUGUCCGCUGCUUGGAGCUCCUGCUCAGCCAAUCAGCAUCUUGCCUGCUCACCGAGCACCGCAGCAAAUGGGGCCCUCUUCAUGUUGCAGCUGCCAAUGGCCAUUCAGAAUGUCUGCGAAUGCUGCUCUGUAGUGAGGGGGGAGCCGACCUUGUUAAUGUUACAGACACGGAGGGACAAACUCCGUUGAUGCUGGCAGUGCUGGGGGGACACACUGACUGCGUUCAUCUGCUGCUGGAGAGAGGAGCUUGCCCUGAUAUGGGAGACAGGAGAGGAAGAACAGCCUUACACAGAGGGGUUGUGAUGGGUCGAGAGGACUGUGUAACCGCACUGCUGUCCCACAAUGUCUCAGUCCUGAGCAGAGAUUUUCAGGGGCGAACUGCGCUCCAUCUGGCUGCUUCCUGUGGCCAUGUUGACAUUCUCUCCAAUCUGCUUUCUGCUGCUGACCACUCCCAUCCCCAAGACCCACUCACAGACCGCCAUGGCUACACACCCGCACACUGGGCAGCCUAUCAUGGUCAUGAAGACUGUUUGGAUGUUUUACUUGAACUUAAACCAUGUAGUAUCCAGGAGGGAAACCCCUUCACCCCACUGCACUGUGCUCUCAUUAAUGGCCAUAGUGGUUCUGCAGAGCUGCUGUUGGAAUCCAGUGUUUGUAAUUUGCUGGUAAACAUCAGGGAUGCCAAAGGAAGAACCCCGCUCCACGCGGCUGCAGUCGUUGAGGACGUGGCUGGGCUGCAGCUGGUUCUGCGGCAUGGAGCUGACAUCAACGCCGUGGACCAUUCUGGGCGUUCUGCACUGAUGGUGGCCGCCGAUAAUGGCCAAAGCGGUGCCGUGGCCCUGCUGCUGCACAGAGCCAAAGCUGACCUGUCUCUCCUGGAUGUGAACAAGAACACUGCCCUGCAUCUUGCCUGCAGCAAGGCCCAUGAAAUGUGUGCCAUGCUGAUCUUGAAGGAGAUCCACAACCCUAUCCUUAUCAAUGCAACCAACAGUAUGCUUCAAAUGCCUCUCCACAUUGCGGCCAGAAAUGGUUUGGCUGCAGUGGUUCAGGCCUUGCUGAGUCGUGGAGCCACAGUGCUGGCUGUUGAUGAGGAAGGUCAUACUCCAGCCCUGGCUUGCGCAUCCAACAAAGCUGUUGCCGACUGCCUAGCUCUCAUUCUCUCAACCAUGAAGCCUUCCUCCUCCUCACCCUCUUCCUCGUCGCCCUCUUCUCCCAGCCUCAACCUGCUCAAGCACUGUGGCAUCACCGCCGCCUGCCCCCCUCUGCCCAAUGGAGGCCUUCGCCAUGGUUACGGCAAAGAUCGCCAUGGUGCUACCAUUGGCUUGGAUGGCUGCUUGACUGAGUGAGGCAUUCUUACUCGUUUAAAAAAAACCACACCACGUGCAAAAUCGCAAAGGGGUCUUGCGCAUGUUCGCUUAGUUUGGUCCUCUCUACACACUUAGAUAAAUCUAUAUGCAAUUACAGCCACACAUUCCCUCUUGUGCCAGUGUCAAAGAUUAUCUUUACGUCUCAGUAGAGAGAGAACACAAGAGGAUGAAUUUAGCUAUUUAUUUAUUUUUAUUUCCAAGAAUUUCCUUCCCCUGUCUGAUCUUAAAAGGAUAGUUCAUCCAAAUAUGAAAAUUCUGUUAUCAUUUACUGAUCGUAUUGUCACCCAGGUGACUGGGAUAUCAAUCUGAAAGUUGUAUGACUUUGUUACAACAAAAGGUUAAAGCAUGACAGAAUUUUAAUAUUUGGGUGAACUGUCCCUUUAAAUCCUGUCCAUUUAAUAUGAGUGUAAUAUGUCUAAAAUCUGAAUCUAAGCCAUUUAUUUGAACCAGUAUCCAUCACUGGUGAGUCAGUCAUUGUUUUCUUAAUUUCGGUCAAUUUGACAUGGUUAAUGUUAGAAUUAUGCAGCUGUGUGUCUCCAUGGUAACAGUGAUAAUGGAUCGGUUUCCAUAUCAUGCCUCCUAUUCACGUGACGCUGUGGCCUUGCAUAGGAAUUUACAGCCUGCCCUGAGGAACAAUUUAAACGGGUUACACUAGAAUUGCAUGAAUUUGUGGGACCAUGUAUUUGAUAGUGGUCUUGUGUGUGUGUGUGUGUUUGUGUGCGAGUGUGUGUGCGUGUGUGUGUGUGGCGUCCACUUUUGCGCAACAGUUUUUCAUCCCAUACUUGACUCUUACGUUUUGAGGUUUUUAUGUGAGGUGCAAUCUGAUUUAGCACAGAUCAGGAAAAAACAAAAACAACCUAACAGAAUCAUUUUGACAGAAGGGAAAACCAUACUACCUUAAGCCUAAAGACCAAUGACCUUCUAAUUGAGGUGUCUAAUAUAUAAUGCAUGUUUACUCUCAGAGAGAAAAGGAAUGGUGUUUUGAUGAGUUUUUUGGAAAUUUCGUAUUAGGUUUACAUUGGAGGUAUUUGCUAGUCCAGAUCACUGUUUGUAGAUGGGCAGAAGAAGAGUCGUCUUUUAAGUGUCAUGAUAUCGGGCAUAGAAAACAUUACCAAGAUACUACACUAAGGAAGUACAGAAAGCACAAAAAUGUAAUUACAGACUAUUAAAACUGCAAGUGUCAUACACAGUACUUGCUCCUUAGGGCCUCCCAGUUUUAUUUAUUUUAUUUUCACUUUUUGGGUUGGGUUGGGUUGGAACUUCAACUAAGUCUACUGCUUUGCUAGGUGAUAUUGCUAUAAUAUUUCGUGUGGAGUUGCUUUCACAGUGCCUACUGAAUUAUAAAUUUGUUUGUAUUUAUUUUCGGUCUAUAAAUGGUCCAAUCUGCUAAACAUGCCAUUUGCGCUCUUUCAAAGUCAUUAAAAUGGUGCUUCCACCAGUGAAACAUGGGUUGACUUUCUCUAUAAUCCAUUAUGGAAUGAUUGACAUAGUUCAGUUCAUUCAGGAAGAUCUGAUUGAUUCCUAUAUCAGAACCCAGUUGGGUUUUUUCUGACUUGGAGGAGUGUAUAUGGUCAAAAUAUAAAUGCAUAAAUUCACCAUCUUGUGAAUUACUGAUUAGACUGUUUUAUAUUCGUUUAUGGUGUUGGGGAGCAGUCAUGGGUAUGACCAAAGCUGAUCAAUUUCUAAAUCAAAUUUUAUUAAGUACUGAAAUAUAUCUAAAAAAAAUACAAUUUAAAAAAAAAAAGCAUCAACUUUUAAAUGAAGUGAUAUACAGGAAAAUAUCUAUUCACCCCUGCUUUUAUAAAAUGCUUCCUUAUUGCCAAAGGUAGAUUAAUUAAAGUUAAGAUUGUGCUUCCAAUAGUUUUUUUUUUGCACCUAAACCAUGAAAUAAGGACAUGUGAAUGAGUGUUUGAAGCAUCUCUUUUUUUUGUGUGUGUGAGUGUGUGUAUCACAAACAGGCAAUAUUUGCUCAGUCGGAAAUGAGACAAUCAGUUGAAAGGGCUUUUAAUUUUACCAUAGAAUAUUUGUAAUUUAAUUUUUUUUUUGUUAACGAGCAAAAGCACUUGCAUGUUUUUCACAAUUAGGACGAGUUAUACAAAGUAAAAAAUCUAUAUUUCACCCUAACUGAUUCAAAACAUUUACAAACUAAUAUGUACGUUUGCCAUGAAAUGCGGACUUGUUCUCAAGUAUACUAAUACUGUUACUUUCAUUAGUUCAUUAUAAUUUUAAUGGUGUAGAUAAAGUAGCUUUGAAGUCUUGUUAUAGUAAGUGAUAUUUUAUUGGGGAAUGAAGGUGCAUUAGACAAACAAGAUCAACUAAUGUGAGACAUUUUAAAGGCCUUGUGGAGAACAUAUUUACACGGAUUUCUGAAAUGACUUCUGUCAUUUUAAUGACAGGUUUUGGCUGCUACCAAAAGACUCUAUAUAGGCCUGAUACAAAGCACUUGUUAAUAAAAAACAUUUUUGCAUAUAUCAGCAUCUGUUUACAAGCAGUAACUGGUCAAAUAUAUGACCUCCGAGUACAAAUAUGCAUGUGUACAAAUCAGAUUGAGUCAAGGCAAUGCUGUGUUUUAACAUUUUCUCAGAGAAAUUAAUUCUAAUGGGCUACAUGACUAAGAGGAAUUUCCAUGUGGAUGAAGUUAGAUUAAUUUUGGCGUAUAUUUACCUUGUACAUUUAAGCUUGAUUUUAUCACUUACAGUAGCGUACAGUUUGGUGGAUGGAAGGAUUGUAUGUGUAGACUGCACAGGGUACAAUAAUAAAGUGCAAGAUAUGGUGAGCUUGAAGUUAUUUGCACUGCCAGUUAUACUGCUUGUAGAUGUACAAAAAAAAAAAAAAAAAAAAAGAUUAUUUCUAAAUAAAUUACGUAGGAUAGUCAUACCACAUGUUGUUGAGUUGGAAUGAACUAGUGCCCGUGGAGCCUGUGAGUAGUUCUGCAUUUCAUUUGGGGCAAGAAAAAGUGCUGCUUUUGAUUGUAUCUCGGAGCGAAUUUUUAUGGAGGCGAUCUUUGUCUAUUAUUUGUCUUAUUUAGCCAAAACAAACUAAAACGUACUUGCUUUAAAUCCUCAAAUUUGUAAUCGUCUUAUCGGCAUUGCACUAAAAUUGUUCAUGUUUUGUCGAAUGUAUGGUGUGAUGGUAGCAGCUUGCUUUGUUGUUGGUGCGGAUCUUGCAUGCAGUAGUUGGUUAUCGAACGAUUCGGAACUUUGAAAUUUAACCCUUUCAGAAUGUUUAAUAAACAGAGUUGUUGCAUUUGAUGUUAUGUAAAUGAACAAUAAGGGAACCAGUCACAAAGAGGCAAUUUUGAGAGAAAAUACGAGUAGAAUAUAACUGAUGUGGGGAGUUUUCUCCUCAAAAUCAUUUAGUGCCAUAACUUUUUGUUUCCUUUCUCAUUUUAAUACGUUUGUAAAAUGUGAAUGAAUGAUUCCUAUGGUUCGAUUUUUGUGUGCGCAAGACCAUUACCAAAAUAAGAAGUCCAAGCUAACAUAAGCUACUGUGCCCAUUGUAUAUAUUUUUUUCCCCUUUUGGAAAUUUACAUAGUAUGCUAAAUAAUUAAAAAUGCCAGUACAUUCACAAUCGGACUGUCUCAAAAUGCCAGUACAUUUGUAAUUAAGCUAUACUGAUGGGUUGGUUUGCCCUUGGUGGAGCUCCCCUCCACCCAUUGAAGUUGUUGAGAAGUCGAAGAGUUCCUUGCUAAGCCAUAACUUAGCAUUUGCCCUUAUCAAUUAAAAAGGCCGGAUUUGAGUCAUCCAGUCAACAGCUCCUUCCAAAAAAAAAAAAAAAAAAAAUGUAUUCCAUUGUGAUUAGUUGUACCCAUUGAUUUGAUAAUUUGGGGAGAUGUUUAUUUCUGCUCAAUGGAAUUAUAAAACGCCUUAAUUUUAUUAAAAACUGAAGGGCAGAUUUGAGCAUUUACCUAGGUUUUCUAAUUUUAUUCUGAAUCAACAAAUGGGCAAUUGUGCGCUUUAUGGACCUUUUUUUUUUUCUUUGCUAUGAAGGGCCAGAUUUCAUUUCCUGUUGACCAAGCUAUAAUGGGUUCAGUUACUUGCAGGCAGUUUAAACCUGACACUUGGAAAACUAGAGUUGUCUAAUAAUUGUAAUCAUUGUGUUGGAAAGCAGAUUAAUUGUAGCUAUCUCAGUGUCCUUAUUGUGUGUAUCCAUUCUUACAUUUGUAUUGAUAUCAUUAUUUUGUUUCUCACAAAGGUAUUAAUGGAUGAUAGAAUGUCUGAUUUACCUCAGUGGACCUCAGUGUCCCUUCUACUUGAAGACGCAUCCAUUUAAGGCAAUACUCAAAACACCCGUUUCAUUUAACUUAUGUCUAUCUCCCAACUUUUUGCCUUAAGAGGAAACUGUAUAGUUCAGCUGUCGCAGCACUUGAGAGAUUUUGCCGUAAACCUUGGAUCUCAUUCCUCUAGCAGUGAGAUUCAUUAGAAGCACACAUUUCUAUAGGUUGUCUUGCUGAAAGAUGCAUUAUAAUGGCUUCUGGCCUCAAAAUCAUAAUUUUCAAUAAUUAGGAAUUUUUGCACUAGAAGUUAUACAUAUUUUACUUCCUUUUGUUUAAUAUAUAUGUGUAAAAAGUAUUUACCGUAGCACAUUAAAUGGAACAGCUCAUUUUGACCUUUUAAAAUAAAAAAAUUUGACCUUGAAUCUUUAAAACUCACAAUAAAAUAUCAGAUUUGUUUUCUCUUAAAUGAAGUGUCAGGUACUGAUUUAUACUCUUAAAAAUUUAACAUGAAUCUAUGAGAAAUACAGCACUAAAAAUAUGUAAAGAUGGAAAAAAUAAUAACGGUACAAUGAACAAAGGAAGUGCAAGGUAAAAAAAUAAAUGGAUCAAGCAAAAAACUAAAUUGCCCAAUGACAUUCUUUACAAGCCAAGGUUAAUAAAUUUUGUCCCCGUUUUUAUUUCGUUUUCUUGAUUGCAACAUUUAGGUAGUAAAAACUUGUGCGGUCCUAUAAAAGCAAAUCUUUCUAACAAGGUAAAUAACAAGAGCACAAUACUGAAUUGUGCUAUAUGUAAUUUCUCAAGAAGUGUGGUCAGAAUUGCCUUGAUGUGGCAAUCUUACCUCAUAAACUAGUUGUCCUUAAAAUCUAUCGUGCUAUAUAUACUGAAACAUUAUUUUUAAGUAGGCUUUUAGCUACGCAUGCUCCGUGAAACUGGAAUCCUGAGGUCGUGUUCCUGAGGCCUUGUGAAUGGAGAACAUUGGAGUUUUCAGGAGGUGCUCUUGAACUAAGAUGAUGUCCUUCAUCCGGGCUUAGCAUUUUGCUUCAUACCUCUUAUUCAUUGAGUUAUUACUCUAUAAGCGCUAAUAUUACAAAUUGUAAAUCUGCUAGUGAAUGAAAUGAUAUAUCUGAAAAAAUAGCUGCUUUUUGUUGCUCUCACCAGCAGCUUGUUUUCAUAAGGCUAGUUAGAAGACCACCAAAGCCUAACUGAAUGGCUUAUCUGACAGGGCACGUAGGGAUCCCUUUAAAAUUCAUUGUUUUGUAUUUGAUGAAAGCUAUGCAGGAAUACUUUCAUUUGAUCUCACAAAUUUGCAUAGUGCCACAAGAGAUAGCCCUAGCACUUCGUUCGCGAUCACAAAACUUCAUCUUCAAAUCCAAAACGCUGUCCUCAUUUGCUUGUAGGCUUUGAUUGAGAAAAUGACUGCGUUGCAUGGCAUGCUGCUAUUUCUUUGGAGUCUGUGAGCAUCUUCAUCAUAUCUUAAAAGUAUAAUACACUUUUUGUGAAGUAUGUGGGAUUGUGCCUUUUGUUAACAAGUACAUGCCACAGGGUAUGGUCUUCCAUUAACACCUUUAGUGAGCCUUAUGAAUGAACAACUGUUGUAAGAUUCAAAAAUAGCCACCAUCCACGUGGUUGUGUUUUGAGUCAUCAAAACACUCGAUUGAAUUCGUCACUACACCGCAGAUGAAUAAAUAAUAUUUGUACAUUUAAUUCAACAGUAAUGACAAAAAAAAAAACACUUGUCCGGUUCUAGCUAGUGACCGGUUAAAACUCUAUGGAGAAACGUGUUUAGUUUUACAAUGUGUGAAUUCUUUAGCGAAGUAGAUGUUUGCUGUGUCGUGUUUGUGUGGUAAUGCAUCUGAGAUUAGUUGUAACCCAGUGUCUUGUAGAAUAUUGGCAUGACUCCUUUACUCUGUUUUAUUGACGUCAAAUGUAUCCACCUGAAAUGGACUGAAGUGCAAUAACUUUGUGCGCCAUAGUAUCCUUAAUGGAGGAAAAAUGCCCUUGUACAUCAUCCAUCAUAUUUCUUUUUCUUCGAGCAGGGUAUUUUAUUUUUGUAUUUAUUUUUUCGUAUUGUAGAAAACUCCUUCCUGCUUUGCCUCCAUAAGUGGCACUUUCUUGUGGAAUGUACGAUGGACUUGUUGGAAACUGUGAUGGGUGUCAGCCUUAUCGAUACUUCUUGUUCACUGGAAAGAUGGCAUUUCUGUUUGUUCAUUGGCUGAUUGGUCAGAGUGCCAUUUUCCAUGUACCCUCUCCAGCGCCACUGAAAGUCUGUGUGAGCUUUUGUGGCUUGAAAGCAUAAUUUGUGUAUGUGUGUGUGGGGGUGUUUAGACCUACUAAUUUACCUCUGAUCAUUUGAUUUAAUACCAAAAGCAAAGCGCAUUGUCUAGGAUUACAAUUCCUUCUAAUCGGAUUAGAGUUUGGAAAUGGUAUCUUGAAUGUUGUUAAACUGUGUUGGUCAUCCAUUGUCACCAUUAACCUGUGAAAUAUGCAGUUUUAUUUACCCUACAUACAAUAUUUGAACUUUGGGCCAUAUGUUAUGCGGUACCAAAGAACCUUUAAUUGCUGGGUGAUUUUUCUUUUUUAAUUUUUCAAUGUCUGACCCAUCAAGAUCUCAACCUUUGCCAUUUAAUGUGUUUGUAAAUUCUCAAAACUUCAAAACAAUUGUACUUGUAUCAUAUUGCAACAUUCCUUUUUUAAUUUCAUAGAUGUAACGUUUAAUAGUUGGCAACCAAUACUGGGAGACAUCUUCAGUAGUUUAGUCCAGAAUAACUUCAGUUGUAACUUUUAAGGUCCAUUGUUUUGGCCUGAAGCAAUCAAUGAUUUUACAUUUGAACCUGAAUUACAGGGAGCACACUGAAUACGUACUCUAGUAUUUCACAAAGUAGGACCAAUGUAUGUGUCUUUAGAGAUGGCCACUUGAUUUCAUUCAAGAACAAGCAAUACAAGCAUCAAGAGUCAAUUGUAUAUUUCUUAAGAUUUGUUGACUCUGGCUACUAUUGGCCUUGCUAUUAAUCUGUGGCACCUUAGGUUAACACCCUCUUCUUGUAACUGAAACUUAACAUAAAAGAUUUCAGUGCUAAGAGAGCCUUAUUUCAGUCAAACUGAAUGUGAAUUGGAUGAGUGCAGGAUUUGGCCAUUUUGAAAGGACUGGCUUCAAUAAAGUGGACUUAUCUACGUCCCAUGUUUGAAUCCAGUUUCACUUGGACCCACCGUCUAUAAGACUAUCCAAAUUUUGCUGUUACACAAGCAAAAAUACUACACCGUGGCUACGUUUCCAUUUUCAAAACCCAAACGGCUUGGAUGGAAACACUUUCUAAUAAAACAGGGUUACGAUCACUGCUUCCAAGCUCUGCUUGACAUGCCAAGUAUUUCGCUACCAGUUAAAAUUUGUAAUUUGCGUCGUAACAUUUGCACUGGCAUCAGACAAAGUGACUGAUUCAAUGUUCAAUAAAAACAAAAGUCACAAAAUGAUGCACUAGUUACCUGAGUAUUUGAACUUUGAGCUGUUAGGUAGAAAUGUGAAACAGUCCUGGACUUGUAGGUGGCAUUUGUCCGAUCCCAGAUUGUGUUUGGAGUUUCGACAUUGUAAACGUAGCGACCGAUCUUGUAGGGCAGCACCCAGUGUGUAUGUGUCUCCGUAUGCGAGUGUGAAAUUAACUGGGGUCAUAUCAAACCCUGUAUACCUCAUCGACAUAUCUGCAAAUAUACUUAUCCUGUUUUUAAGUUGAACGUGUAGGAGAUACCAUCACCAGCAAAAGCCUGGGACCAUUGCAGGGUCUACUACAUCACACCAAUUCUGUAUCAGUGAACAAGAUCGUAACUAGCUUGCUUGCAUAAAACACCUACCACUCUGCUUUAAGCCUCACAUAUCCAUGUGGUUACCAAGACUAUGGUUUAGAUUUAGCAAAACAUGAGGCAUUUUAAGUAGCAUUAUUCCUACCUCUGUGUUACAGCUUGAUGCAUCAAAAUCUCCACCAGUUGUUGAAAAAUGGAAAUAUAUAUAUAUAUAUGUAUAUGGAACAGAUAUAGAACUUAUAACCAACAAUCGGUGAUUAAGACAACAGUUAGUGUGCUCGACUGUGUCUGUCUGUGUGUAACAUAUAUUUAUAAGUAUACACAACAGAGUACCACUGGAAUGUGAAGCCAGACUGUAUUAUGAUUUUUGUGUGUAUUUUUCUUUGUAACUUUCUCCCCAUUAUAUUUCAAAUGAUGUCAUAUGUGUCUCGCCUCUAUCGCUCCACACAUUUUAUUUUGCUUGUUUUGACAAAAUGGGAAAAAAUAGCUUGUACAAGCUGGCAGUUACAUUAGUACCAAUUUUUUUUCCUGGUUUUGGUCUCUCUUUACAUUUACACUCACUUCUAAAUGUUCACUGUGAGCGCUCAACUCAAGUUUACAGCUCUUCGUGGUGUGUAAGUGUAUCUGGUUGAGUUCAGUAGAGUGUGUGGAUGGUUGUGUGACUUUGGUACUGAAGCAACAACUCAAUUUUCUACUGGAGGUGGGGGUUUGAAAGGGGGUUGGUUAGUUUGAGUUAUUCACUUUAGUUUUAUUCGAAAGGAAAAAAAGGGGGUAUAUGGAGUUCCCUAGCCUUACUCCCUUCCAAAACACUACGCCGGUCACUGGCUUUAGUUAUAUCAGCCUCCCUGUCAACUUUGCACCUGUGUAUCCAUUUUGGACCUUGGUGCAAGUGGCAAAUUUGGUGGAUUCUGUCCGAAUCUGACGGGGUCGGUCAUGUGACCCCUCCUAGACCUGAGGAAGGAGAACCCUCACCCUUUCAACCCCACAAAAAAAAGACCUCAAGCCAUUCAUUUCCUUAUGUGAUAAUGCAAUCCUGAAAGCACUUUGCCUUGUUAAUUCAUAGUAUGAGCUUGUAAAUGGUUACUUGUUACUAACAGAUGUGAAACUCUGUACAUGUAUUUAAGUAAGAAAGAACAUAGUAAUUUUUAAUUUGAGCUUAUUAAAAAUGAAUUGAUCUCUCUGACUUUAAAGACAAAAUAAAGAAAAAAAAAAAAAAACUCCCAUAUGGUUUUGUUAGUCAGAUUCAUGAACUGCUGCAGCCAGUAGGUCUUGUCAUUCAGUAUCGUGGCUUAGAAUUGGUAAUGUUGAAAUAAAAUGCUAUUGCUACAUUCAA